AUGGCAAAUAUAAGAAUGAUAACAGGUAUUCCUGAAACAUACGAGGACUUGACGUGGGUAUUUAUCAAGACAAUACCAACAGGCUACACCAGAAUAGACAUUGUUGCAGACACCUAUCCAGAAAAUUCCAUUAAGGCGGCUGAGCACUGUAGAAGAGGUAGUUCAAGAGAGAUUAUAAUUCGAUCACCCCAAUCAAAGAUCCCGAGAGAUUUUCGUGGUUUCUUACAAAAUGGAAAGAACAAGAAGAGGAUGAUUAUGCUAAUGAGGGAAGUGUUGAUGAAGAACCAACAAAAAACACUUGAAAUGUUAAACUGCAAAGAAAUUUUCUUCUCCACCCUUGACGAUUGUAUCAAAAUAACGGAAAACUGUAGUUGCAACAUAGAAGGCCUUGCAAGCAACCAGGAAGAAGCAGACACGAAAGUCGUUCUGCACUGUAAGAGUGCUCCAGCGAGCUCUUUGAACAAGAGUAUCAUUCUUCGAUCGCCAUCAGGUGAUACCGAUAUCACAAGAAUUAUGAUCGAAAAAUUUAUUGAAGAGAGCGCAAAUUGUUUUCUCGAUUAUGGAAGCGGACAGAAUCGAAUGGGUCUGUGGCUAAACAGGGUUGAUUUAGAUAAGCCAUUGAAAGAAUGCGUUAUUGGUUUUCACGCGUUCACAGGAAAUGACUUUGUAUCGUCUUCCUUUCGAAAAGGAAACGAACUUUGCUGGAAAGUUUUUCACGCUUUUCAAAACCUGGGAGUGAACUGGAAUCUCAGCGAUGCAAUAUUUGACCUUCUUGAAGAAUUUGUAUGCUUCGCGUAUGGCGAUCGGAGAAAGAGCGUUAAUUUUGUCCGUCACCAAAUGUUUCAGGCAAAGUACAAAAAACAUUCAAAAAUGGUUGAUCUUUCUUUGUUACCACCGUGUCAGUCUGUGUUGAAACUUCACGGCAGACGAGCAAACUUUGUUGCUAAGAUAUGGAAGUCGUCAGAUGAAGCAAAAGUACAGAUUCCAGAAAUCUCACGUCAUGGAUGGAAAUCGACCGGUGAAAUCAAAUAG